AUGUACCGAUGCAAAAAUUGUCAAGCCAUGAUUGGCAACACUGUACGAAUAAACUGUGCAGAAUGUCCACAAUUUGAUCUAUGCGUGACUUGCUUUUGCGCUGGGAAAGAAGUGGAAGACCACAAAAACUUUCAUAAAUACCGAGUUAUGGAUCAAUUCACCUUUCCGAUAUUCACACCGGAUUGGUGUGCUGAUGAAGAAGAGCUAUUGAUUGAAGGCGCUCAAACUCACGGAUUGGGAAAUUGGGGAGAUAUUGCGGCCUACGUCGGCAGUAGGACAAAGGAGGAAUGUGAACGACAUUAUCUAGAUGUGUAUCUUAAUGCGAAGAAUUUUAUUCCUAGUAUGGAGAAGAAAUUCGAAAACGUUGACGAGAGAGAUAUGCGAGAGAGAAAGCGCCGGCGGAUGGAGUCUAUACAACAGUUACCACCGAUAAAAGCUAAAACCCAUGCAAAGAGUUUACCAGCGAACCACGAGAUUCAAGGAUACAUGCCAAAACGAAAAGAAUUCGAGACAGAAAUCGAUAAUGACGCUGAGCAGCUCAUUAAAGAACUAGAAUUUGAUAAUGACAUGCCGAAGGGGGAAGUCGAACUAAAAUUGUCAAUGCUAAAAAUCUACAACAAAAAACUCGACCGACGCACCGAAAAGAAACGACUAAUAUUCGAGCACGGACUAGUCGACUUUAAAAAAAAAGCCCUACCAUUUGAAAAGAACGAAAAGAAAUCUGUCACCAGUGCUGCUACUGUUGCUUCUACUGUCGCUGCUGUUUCUACUUCUUUGAUGACCGUUACUGCAAUUGGGGAUAAAGUACUACAAGACAAAGAACGGCAGUUUCAUUCGAAGCUCAAAGUUUUUGCGAAAUUGAUGAAUAAAUCUGAUCAUGAGAAAUUCGUUGAUGGGAUGUUAAACGAGUUUAGAAUACGCGAUGAAAUUUUAAAGUUACAAGAAUGGCGGCGUCAUGGUAUUACCACGAUAAAAGAAGGUGAAAAAUACCAACUUAAUAAAUUGCAAGAACAAGAAGCAACACGAGACCCGCCAACUCGUAUCAUUAUCGGUGCAAGUAGUGAUCGUUUGGCUGCACAAUAUGCAGCCAGAAUACCGCCGGUUCGAAUCGAUAAGCACCACGCUAAUAACAGUAACAAUAAUAUCAACCCCAACAAUUUACGACAAAUGCGAAAACAAUCAAGUCCAAUAGACCUCGACAAUGCAGAAGGUGUUCACAUGCUCACAUCAGCCGAACGAACACUCUGUUCGCAUCUGCGUAUAUUUCCGAAACCGUACAUGGUCAUCAAAGAAAUCAUACUAAAAGAAUACGCACGACGCGAUUUUCGCUUGAAGCGACGCGAGGCCAGGGAACUUAUAAAGAUUGACGUGAAUAAAACUAGUCGUAUUUAUGACUUUUUUGUGGAGAUGGGCUGGAUCCAUUCUCAGACAAAGAUGCCAAAGAUGCCGCUGGUGCGAAAUACUUCUGCUGUUAAUAGGAAUGGAGCGAUUGCGGUCCCGAGUGGGAAUACUGGUGGUAGUGUGACAACAAAUGGAUUUGUUGUGGGGGGAAGUGGCGGUGAUUUGGCAUAA